AAGCCGGGGGCGCGCGAUUCCGCCGUCGCUCUUUGGAUACCGCGCACCGCGCGUGUUCGCUUCGCUCGUUCGGAGCUUCAGUUUGUAUUCGGUGUCCAGUUCGGCGUACUCGAUUACCGUACAACUGCGAGAGGACGGUACGCAGUGACGGGAUACACACCGCCGCGGGUGCGUUCGAUCUUCGAGCCGCGAUUCGAGCCGGGCGCGCGAAUUAUCAUCGAUCGCGCGAUCUCUGGAUCCGAGACGAAGACCGCCGGCGAAGAUUUCUGUCUCCUCCGCGACAUUCGAUUCGAGGGGAGAGUGGUGCGCAUUUGUGCCGUUGAUUGUCAAGUGAUUUAAACGAGAGGGAAAAGAGGAACGGACGUGAGAGGAAAAAUGCUGCCGCCACGAAUACUCGGCCUCCUGGUGCUUCUUCUCGCCGUGCAAGGCUUAUGUAAACCGACUAAGAGUACGGAGGACCUGAAUUACGAGGAUGAUACUCCUUUCGAUGAUGAUAAUGAGGAAGAUGAAGACGAAGAGACUGAUAAUACCGGCACCGCCGAGAUGCCUCCGCAAAUCUUAUCACGUGCAAUAAGCGUUCGCGUAAAAGCUGGGGAUACCGUUAUAUUGCCUUGUCAAGUGGUCCAUACAGACAAUUAUGUGGUUGCGUGGUUGAAGGACGAUAAGUAUCUGUACUUCGAAUCGCAGACAUACACUGAGGACGACAAGAGAAUCGUACGAUUGCCGAAUAACAGCCUAGUGAUCUACAAUGCGACGGUCGAGGAUAGCUCCAACAAUUACAAAUGCAGUAUUCUGCAAAAUCCUCACUCCAUAGAUUUGACUCACCGUGUCUUGGUUGAUGAAAAUCCGCGUCAAGAAUCUACGCCGCCGCAGCACUCGCACAAAGGGAUCAUACGCGUGAGGCCUUCGAAGAAGGUCGAAGUGAACCAGGGCCAUAAUAUCACGCUCGGUUGCGAGACCGACAUACAGCCGCCGCCCGAGAUCAAGUGGUUCAUUGAGAACAAGAAGGUGGACGGUUACGAUCCCGACGUGAUCCUGGAUGGAAAUUAUAUUACGAUAAGGAAAGUGAAUGAGUCUCAUAGCGGCCUGUAUCAAUGCCUCGCUGAAGAUGGUUCGGAGAUGCCAGCGAUGGAAGCGAUCAACGUCGUUGUGAAUUACAAACCUAAGAUCGAAAUGGAGAGACUAGUCUACAGCGGUGCGGGUAUAGAAUCGGAAAUUACGUGCAUCGUGAGGGCCCAUCCCGUAGCAUUCGUAAUGUGGUAUAAAGAUGACAAAAAACUUACGCAGAAGAAAGGAUCGAUAAUGAUGUAUCAUAGGAUAAUACCGAAGACUAACAAGAAUUUUAACAUAACUAAGUAUGUUUUAAAAAUCUUGCAUACUUCGGCACGGGAUUUUGGCGAAUACAAGUGUCGUGCAGAGAAUACCAUUGGUCAAGACAUUAGAUCUAUUAUCUUAACAGGUGUACCUUCGCAAGCGACGAUAUAUGGUGCCGAAAUGACUGAUGAUGAUGCAGGAAUCAUUCUGAAGUGGCGUUUGGAGAGUUAUUCGCCGAUCAGCGAAUAUAAGUUACAAUAUCGUCGCAAGGGUGACCCGGAAUGGAACUUCAUCGAGCCUGAAGUCAAAGAUGGUAAAGGAAAUCAAUUUACCGUAGAAUAUGCAAUUCGAAACCUUCUGCCUGGAUCCUAUGAGGCGAUCCUAAAGGCUAGAAAUGCAUUUGGAUGGUCUUUGGACUCAGAACCGCAUACAUUUAGUGGUGAUUAUCCUCCUGAUUUAGCAUUAAAAGGAAAUUCGGCAACUGUACGAUCUCCUGGAAUGUUUUUAGCAUUGAUCCUAGUCGUUUUAUCUUGUGCCUUCACAAGUCUGUAACUCUUUACUUAAAUCUUUAAAAUAUGUAGGUAAUUUGCUGCAGCCAAAGCAACACCAGCAAACGCCAUGGUGGAUUUAUUAGUGUAGGAACACUUAGGGGAGACGUGGCGCUAAUAGCGAACAUACAUAUUUUUAGUGCAAAUUCCCCUCCUUUAUUAGGAUACAUUUUAUGUACAUAUAUAUUUAAUAAAAUAUUUUCAAACAUGCGGGCAUUAUCGA